AGAGUGCGGGGCCGCCCCUGUCACACGCACUCCUCCCCGGCCUCUGCUCGCCGCCCGUGGGGAGGGGGGAAGCUGGGUGGGAAGGGGCGUGUGCCAGCGCACGCGCGCUCCCGGGAAGGAGAGGUCUAAGAGCAGGAACGAGCGGCCCCAGUUUUUGGGAAGGGAGUAUCCGGGCUGUCUGCAAGCGGCUGGGACCAGACGGGGCCGAGUCGAGGAAGAGGGCACCAUGGCCGCCCUCCUGCUGCUGCCCCUGCUGCUGCUGCUGCCGCUGCUGCUGCUGAAGCUGCACCUCUGGCCGCAGUUGCGCUGGCUCGCGGCAGACUUGGCCUUCGCGGUGCGCGCUCUACGCUGCAAACGGGCUCUUCGAGCGCGCGCCCUGGCCGCGGCGGCCGCCGACCCGGAAGGUCCCGAGGGGGGCUGCAGCCUGGCCUGGCGCCUCGCGCAACUGGCUCGGCAGCGCCCCGCGCACACCUUUCUCAUUCACGGCGCGCGGCGCUUUAGCUACGCGGAGGCCGAGCGCGAGAGCAACCGGGUGGCGCGUGCCUUCCUGCGUGCUCGAGGCUGGGACUGGGGGCCCGGCGGCGGCGCAGGGGGCGCCGGGGAAGGAGAGCGGGCGUCGCACGGCGCCCGAGACGCGGCGGCCGGAAGCGGCGCGGCGCCGGCGGUGUGGGAAGGGGAUGGCGCGGCCGGAGCUGGAGAAACCGCUGCCCCUCUGGCACCUGGGGCCACCGUGGCGCUGCUCCUCCCCGCCUGCCCAGAGUUCCUGUGGCUCUGGUUCGGGCUGGCCAAGGCUGGCCUGCGCACGGCCUUUGUACCCACCGCCCUGCGCCGGGGUCCCCUACUGCACUGUCUCCGCAGCUGCGGUGCGCGCGCGCUCGUGCUGGCGCCAGAGUUCCUGGAGUCCCUGGAGCCCGACCUGCCGGCCCUGAGAGCCAUGGGGCUCCGCCUGUGGGCUGCAGGUCCGGAAACCCAUCCUGCUGGAAUCAGCGACUUGCUGGCUGAGGCAUCGGCUGAAGUGGGUGGGCCGGUGCCUGGGGCCCUCUCUGCCCCCCAGAGCAUAAUGGACACGUGUCUGUACAUCUUCACCUCUGGCACCACGGGCCUCCCCAAGGCUGCUCGGAUCAGUCAUCUGAAGAUCCUGCAAUGCCAGGGCUUCUACCAGCUGUGCGGCGCCCACCAGGAGGACGUCAUCUACCUCACCCUCCCACUCUACCACAUGUCUGGCUCCCUGUUGGGCAUUGUGGGCUGCCUGGGCAUUGGGGCCACCGUGGUGCUGAAGUCCAAGUUCUCAGCUGGUCAGUUCUGGGAGGACUGCCAGCAGCACAGGGUGACAGUGUUCCAGUACAUUGGGGAAUUAUGCCGAUACCUCGUCAACCAGCCCCCGACCAAGGCAGAACGUGGACAUAAGGUCCGGCUGGCGGUGGGCAGCGGGCUGCGCCCAGACACCUGGGAGCGUUUCGUGCGGCGCUUCGGGCCCCUGCAGGUGCUGGAGACGUAUGGUCUGACAGAGGGCAACGUGGCCACUUUCAACUACACAGGAAGGCCAGGCGCUGUGGGACGCGCCUCCUGGCUUUACAAGCAUGUCUUCCCCUUCUCUUUGAUUCGCUAUGAUGUCACCACAGGGGAGCCGAUCCGGGACACCCGAGGGCACUGUGUGACCACAUCUCCAGGUGAGCCAGGGCUGCUGGUGGCCCCUGUGAACCAGCAGUCCCCAUUCCUGGGCUACGCUGGGGGGCCAGAGCUGGCCCGUGGAAAGCUGCUGAAGGAUGUCUUCCGGCCUGGGGAUGUUUUCUUCAACACUGGGGACCUCUUGGUCUGCGAUGAUGAAGGCUUUCUUCGCUUCCAUGACCGGACUGGAGACACCUUCAGGUGGAAGGGGGAGAAUGUGGCCACGACUGAGGUGGCAGAGGCCUUGGAGGCCCUGGAUUUUCUUCAGGAGGUGAACGUCUACGGAGUCACUGUGCCAGGGCACGAAGGCAGGGCUGGAAUGGCAGCCUUGGUUCUGCGUCCCCCCCACUCUUUGGACCUUCAGCAGCUCUAUGCCCAUGUUUCCGAGAACUUGCCACCUUAUGCCCGGCCUCGAUUCCUAAGGCUCCAGGAGUCUCUGGCCACCACAGAGACCUUCAAGCAGCAGAAGGUUCGGAUGGCAAAGGAGGGCUUUGACCCCAGCGUACUGUCUGACUCGCUCUACAUUCUGGACCAGGCUGGGGGCGGCUACGUGCCCCUCACCCCUGCCCGGUACCAUGCCCUCCUGGCUGGGGACCUUCGCAUCUGAGAGCCCUGCAUGCCGAGGCGCCUGAGGAAGGGACUUCGCGGGGCGGGGGCACUGCAGGUGUAUGGGGGCUAGCAGGGAUCUUUUCUAUACCAGACUUGUAACCAUUAUUUUGUAAUAAAUGGGGCUGGAACCAGUCUGCCUCUGCCUUUCUGAUCUACAGUA